AUGCUCGAGGACGACGAAAACGAGUACGACAACUACUACCCCCAACCCAAACCACCCUCAACCCCCAGCAGCCCUUCCACUUCCAGUUCACCAUCAUCUCUCCUCCGUCUCCAGCGAUCCCUCAACCUCCCCCGCGAAGCAGCCUCCGCCACCGCCCUGGAACGCGCCAAUGUAACCCCCCAAAUAACCAUCCACACCCACACCAUCACCCCACGGUACCCCGAGAUCCCCCCACCGAGCCACGAGCCCUACACCCUGCGCGCACGCAUCUACACCCCCCGCAGCCACGGCUACACGCCCACCCACCUCCCCGUCUACCUCUACUUCCACGGGGGCGGGUUUUUCAAUGGCAGUCUGGACAGCGAAGACGCGAUGUGCGCGCGGCUCGUCUCCAGCCUCUCCGCCCGCGGGCGGCCCAUCAUCCUCGUCAGCGCGGACUACCGGAAGACGCCGCAGGUGCGAUACCCGGAUCCCUUCGAGGAUGCGUGGGAGGUGUUUGAGUGGAUGGAGCGGCGGAUGGCGUGGUGGAACGGGGAUCCGAAUCGCGUGGUGGUGGGCGGGGAGGAUGCCGGGGCCGGGCUGGCGGCUUGGGUGGCAUUCUUCGCGCGCACGAAUGUGGCAGGCCGGAGGGAGUUGGAUACGCGGGGGGGCAGGCUGGUGAGGGUCGUGGGGGUGGUGUUGUGUAAUCCCUGGAUGCCGUUUCUGGAUCGUGUGGUUGAGGAGGCGCGCGGGAGGGGCCAGGGGGAGAGUCCAGGUCACUUCGAGAGGAAGAAGGAGAGGGAGAGGGAGAUGUUUACACAUGAUUUCUAUCGCGCGCUGCUGGAUAUUCAUCACGUCGAACCGGGACAUCAUGCGCUGGGGCCCUGGACGGCACUGGGGGCGAUGCCGCCGACGUAUGUUCUGACCUUUGCGGAGAGCUGUUUGCGGCUGCGGCAGUUGAUGUUUGCGAUUAUGUUGAUGCGCGAGGGGGUGGAUGUCCACUUGAAUGUACUCGCCGACUCGCCACACGAGAUCCCGGACCAGGAGCUUCUGCCCAGUUCGCGGCCGUGGGGCGACGAGCUGCUCGAGGCCCUGCUGUGGUGCUUGCGGCCGAUGGAGUGAAUCCCUUCUCCACGAUGUCGACUUUGCAACUGGAAUCCCCGGACACGACAUGUCUUGGGUGGGGUGUGGAUUGUCGAGCAUAUACAUAAGUUUCAUUGAGAGACAGCACCUAGAUAGG